GUUACAUUUAAAAAUCCUACUGACUGUGAACGCAACCCUAGCUUGCUCUCUUAGCGGUAUAUUUGGAUUGGACGGAGUAUUAGCUAAAGAAAAUGGGUGACGACUUGGGUGACGAGUGGUGGCAACACGAGUACAAAUCAGAUGCAUCUGAGGUGGAGGAGGAGGAGACGGAACAAAAGAAAAAGCCAGCAGAAAAAACAAAGACAAAACCAGAGAAGAGGAAGAUUGUAACAGAGAAGCCUGCUAAAGCCAAGAAGAAGAAAAAUAAUGAGCAGAACGAGCAGACGAUCCCUCCAAGGAAGGAGACUCGGGAUGAAAAGUCCGCUAAACCCCCCAAAAAGAGAAAGAAAAAGAAAACGAUAACAGAUGUCUUGGCCACCUCUGAGCCAAAACCAGGCUGUCCAGCUGACCUGCAGGAUCUGGUUACACAGUACUUUAAAGACAAGCGGUCUGUAAUUGAGCAGGAGGAGCUCAAAGUGCAGGACUCCUUUUUCCUGUCUAGUAAUGACUUGACACACACCCUCUCUUCUUAUCUGAAACAGAUUGCUCCCAAGUGGGCAAAGAUUCAAAAGCAGCACACAGAAAAAAGUUCUGUGGUUCUGCUUGUCGUCUGCAGCUCUGCUCUCCGAACCAUCGAGCUCAUCAAGCAGCUGACUAGUUUCAAGGGUGAAGCCAAAGCAGUGAAGCUUUUUGCAAAACAUAUCAAGAUAGAAGAGCAGGUGAAGCUGCUGCAGAAAGGCAUCUCCCACAUAGGAGUGGGGACACCAGGGAGGAUCAGUGCUCUCAUUGAGAGAGAGGGUUUGAGCUUGCAGGCAUUGAGAUACCUGGUUCUGGACUGGAACUGGAGGGAUCAGAAGCUCAGAAGGAUAGUGGACAUUCCUGAGAUCUUGCUUGUUGGUCUACAAGAAACGAGGAAGAAACGAUUGGAAAACUCUUAAUUGAACAUAUAUUUAUGAAGAUCAAACAGGAUCUUAUGAAGCUGUUGGAGAGUGGCGUCUUGGCUCGCUGUAAAGAAGACAAAGUCAAAAUUGGACUAUUUUAACUGACUGCUUGACAUUUAAAGAGACUUUGUCUUUGCUAUUCCUUGUGCUGAUCCUGUCCCGAGCCUUUAAUAUUUCCAGAGCCUGUGUGAAAUGUACGGCAUUGUUUGUUCACUUUUGUGACCAACACAAUGUCAGGGAGUGUGAUGAAUGAAUAAACAGACUCCAAAUUAAA